CAGUUCAUUUUUAGUUCUAAAGUGCAACCUUCUGUCUUCCUGGAUCCCUUCAGCCCUGUUAAUGCUUAUCUGUGCCAUCCACCCCCACCACCCCCUCUGUGCAGGGACAUGCCUGCCCCUCACUUACUGGACUAGUAUUAUGACUACAUUUCAGUGUGGGUACCUGCAUGUGUUUGCAAGAGGCUAGAACUUGCAUCAUCAGCACUGGCACCAGCCUUGCAGGGCUUCUCAUUUGAUCAUCCUGUAAUUGCGUUUAAUUAUCCUGACGAAUGUGCAGAAAUUUGCAAUCAGCUGGAGAACCUCAGGAGCUCUGAUUCCCCCGGCUGCAGAGGAAGUACGGGAGGGUUCGGCACGAUGACUUGGCAUCCUGGGCUCUAGCAGCGUGGCAAGAUCAGGAUUGGUGCUGCCCUGUUCGUGCUGUAUCCCGCUCCCUCUUUCCUCUGGGAGAUUGGUGCUGGCUUCUCUGGCCCCGGCAUUCCCUCCGGGCCUGUUAUGGCCGGGGAUAGACUCCCACGCAAAGUGAUGGAUGCGAAGAAGCUGGCCAGUCUCCUGAGGAAUGGGGCCAAGGGCACCUUGGUCAUUGACAGCCGCUCCUUUGUGGAGUAUAAUUCCUGGCACAUCCUCAGCUCUGUCAACAUCUGCUGCUCCAAGCUGGUCAAGAGGCGGCUUCAGCAGGACAAAGUCUGCAUCACGGAGCUCAUCCAGCCAGCCUCCAAGAUGAAGGUGGAGGCGGAAGAACACCAGGACGUGGUGGUCUAUGACCAGAGCACACGGGACGUGAGUGGCUUGGCUGCCGACAGUUUCCUCUCCAUCCUCCUGGGCAAGCUGGACAGCUGCUUCCACAGCGUCUCCAUCCUCACAGGGGGCUUUGCCACCUUCUCAUCUUGCUUCCCAGGACUCUGCGAAGGGAAACCAGCUGCCAUCUUGCCAAUGAGCAUCUCCCAGCCGUGCUUGCCAGUAGCCAAUGUUGGCCCCACCCGUAUCCUGCCUCAUCUCUACCUGGGCUCCCAGAAAGAUGUCCUAAACAAGGACCUGAUGACUCAGAAUGGAAUAAGCUACGUCCUCAACGCCAGCAACUCCUGCCCCAAGCCAGACUUCAUCUGUGACAGUCACUUCAUGCGCAUUCCUGUCAAUGACAACUACUGUGAGAAGCUGCUUCCCUGGCUGGACAAGUCCAUUGAGUUCAUCGACAAGGCCAAGGUAUCCAGCUGCCAAGUGAUAGUGCACUGCUUGGCAGGGAUCUCCCGCUCAGCCACCAUUGCCAUCGCCUACAUCAUGAAGACCAUGGGCAUGUCUUCAGACGACGCCUACAGGUUUGUCAAAGACCGGCGCCCAUCCAUAUCGCCCAACUUCAACUUUCUGGGCCAGCUCCUGGAGUAUGAGAGGAGCCUGAAGCUCCUCAAGGCCUUGAAGGCCCAAGGUGAUAGGAGUGAGGGGGAUGCCCAGCCAGACCCAGCUGAAGUGCCUGAGAGCAACAGGCACCUGAAGCUUUCUACCUCAGAAAAGUCCGAGGACCUAUCAAAAAGCACAAGCUUGGCACCCUCCCACAGUGAGCCCGAGAGGCCAGCAGGAGCUCCCAAAAUUCUCUCACCUACAGCACUACAGCAAGGACUCAACGGCCUGCACUUGUCCUCGGAGCGCAUCCAAGACACCAACCGGCUAAAACGCUCCUUCUCCCUCGACAUCAAAUCAGCCUACUCCCCCAGCCUGAGGCAGGACACCCCAGGCCCCGCUGACACCGGGGAAGCCCCCAAGCUUUGCAAGCUGGACAGCCCUUCUGGACCUAAUGGCUUGUGCCAGUUCUCGCCCGUGCCGGACAGUCCCGACUGGCCCAGCGGGCCGGACUUCCUACUGGAAGCCAAGGUGAGGCAGAGGCGGAAACACAGGCAUCAGGCGGGCUCCCCUGCCCACGGGAUGAGCCUCAAUUUCAGCGGGGUGUGUGCCGUGCACAAAAGCACCAGCGUGGAGGACAAUCUCAAGCAGACGCUGCGGCUGAGCCUCCCUGGCGUGGGACAGCAGCCCACACAGCCAGCUGCGACACCAAACUCUGCCGGCGGAGGGGGGGUAGGUGCCUGGGGCGUGCAUUUGGAAUCACCCAGCACCCCGUCGUCGGAGAAUCCCUGGUACUUUGGCACAGACUCGGCGGUGGGCAGCGGCAGUGGCGGAGGGAGCGGGGCCUUGUUUGCCAGCGCUGCCUCGUACUCCUCGUUCAGCUGCAGCACCCUGCAGGGCAGCUGCGAGAUCAGGUUGAGGGACAAGCAGAGGGUGGAGCAGAGGGACGGGCGGCACAGCUGGCACGAGGAUGCCGCCACGGAGAAGCAGUUCAAGAGGAGGAGCUGCCAGAUGGAGUUCGAGGAGACCAUGUCAGAGGGCAGGUCCCGGGAAGACCUGGGCAAAAUAGGCAAACAGUCUAGCUUUUCGGGCAGCAUGGAGAUCAUUGAGGUGUCCUGACAUUCAUCCUGGGGCAUUGGAGAGUGAGGGGUGGAUAUUUAACUGGGAAUAGGCAAGGUGCGGGUGGGGUGGGGACAGUAUUUAUACCCAUGUGUGUGUAUUCCCAGGUGCACACACGCCAAAAUGAAACAAAGACGAAUGAAUCCAAAGUCAGGAAACAUGACCGUGCAUGCUUAGUGCCCCUCCCGCUUGGUCUCUCUUUCCCCUCCUCACCCUCCACCCUGGUUGCAUUCCCUUUUGGGAGGGAGGAGCCUAUUAACCUUUUCACCCCUGGAUUCUCUGCCCCUUGGGUAGAAAGUGACUCACUGGGGUAAUGGAAGAGCUGAUCUUUGACUGAAGUGGGGGAGACAUCUGAGCACCCCGCUGUGUCAUUCUCAGCUUAAAAUUCUGAGAGGGGGGUUAAUAUUUUCUCUGCAGACGUGCAAUCAAAAAGUAGGGGUGUCUUCAUUUAGAAGAGAGCAUUAUCCUGACCAAUGGGAAAUGGCAGAGGCUUUGCUCACCCCAGCUCUCUGUCCCUUGUAUCGGGGUCGGGAACGGAACGUAGGUGGCUCCCUCUCAAAGGUGGGGCGGGGACAUUUGCAUUAGCUCCUCCCCCUAAGCCUUUUUCUCAUCCUGGUGCACUAAACAUGUUCUGCCUAUGGUUUUUCUGGCUAAGUAUCUUAAUAAUGCUGCACUACCGCAGCCCUAUACAUAUAUAAAUAUAUAUUAUAUAUAAUAUAAAAAAACCACACAAAGAAAAAGGCAAAUGGUUUUACUGCAAUUUUUAUUGAGACGUAAAUAAUAUUUCAAUGGUUUUGUUUUAAUUUAUUGAAGCUGUUCAUUCUGGCAAUGAUUUGCAAACAUUGUGGGGCGGUACUUUCAGCUCUAUUUUUACUGUCUAUGGUAUUUAAAUCUGAAACACGAGUUUCUAAGCAAUAUCCGCGGCCUGUGACUCCUUCUGUAGCGUACGUCGGCGACACAGACUCCCCAUUCCCUGCGCACAAAGCAAAAACGGGGCAGGAAACAUCUUUCAUGCACUUUUUAAAAAUGAAAAAACAAAACAAAACAAACAUCUUCUUUCAACACAAACUGAGCAGGAAAUUCUCUCCUGAAAGCUGCUGCUCUACCUUUUGGUUCCUAUCUGAUUCUUUCUUGUCUCCAUCAAAGCCAUAGAAUCUUUUCCUCUCCCAGUUGUGGGACAGAAGAGCUGGCACUGGUCUAUGGGAAAACCAGGGGGGAAGGGUGAGACUAUGAAAAAAACAGAGGAUGGGAUCUGGGAUGUGGGGAAUGAGGGAGGAGAGGAGGCUUUUCAUUAAAGGGUCAGCAACCCCAUACUGGGUUGUAUUGGAGAAUUUGGGGGUUACUGGAUCCUUUUGGAGAAAAAAUUACUCCCUAAAUAAUGCUCGAGGGGUUCUGUGCGGGGUGAACUCCCAUCAGCAACUGCCUUUCCCACUAGCUCAGGGUGCUUCUGGGGAGGAGGUGGGGUCCAGGAGAAAUAGGGAACAAUUCUCACCCUUGUACAUGGCUGAGAUUGUGAUGAAAAGCCCUCAGGGCCCUGCUUUCACUCUCCCAGUGUUCCUCCACAUGGCUGUCCAGAGGGGCUGCACCCUGGAGGAAAAUACAGACCUCAUCCUUAGGAACAAAUAGAAUUAUUUAUAUUAUAGUACCAGAAUGAACCCCAGGGGACCCUGAGGACAGCGACAGGUUUCCCACUGCGAGACAGUUAGACAGUUACCUCUGAGUGCUUAGCAUACAAUAUUGCUCAGUACUCCAGCACCAGUUCUGUGUGUGUGUGUGUGUUUGUAUAAGAGAGCAUGAUAAUAGGGCUCCAGAGGGUGUGCAAGUGACAUGGGACAGAGGGAAAACAGUCCAAAGACAGAGGUGAAGCCAAUCAGGAAGGAAAAGAAUGAGAGGAAACACCAGGAAAUGCAUUGAAAGGCUAAGGACCAAACCCAAGAUUUGGGAUGUUAGUGUGAGGACAUGCCCCUCCGUCCUUACCCAACCCUCCUUACCCCACUCCAGUCUCCUAUCUCCAACCCCCACUCCCUCCUUCCCUCUGCAGCAGCAUCCUCCCACACUCAGGUGUGUUGCUAAGAAGAUUGGUUUCACUGUUUUUCUUUUCCUGGGAUUUUGCUUCAGAGAGUUUCUCUUAAUUGACGAAGCAAAUGAUGGUUUGUUCUUACCCAGCAGAAGGUAGGAUGCCAGCCUCCAAGGGAAUCCCUGACAAAAACCCGUCUCCCUCUGGGAGUUCGGGUGGGUAAAGGGUGAGGAUUUCCUAGGGAAGGCCUCCUGCAUGGGAUUCUUCCUUUGAUUUAUUUUUUUAGAGGUGGCGUAGGGCCCAGGUGGGAUCUUUAAGCUAACACAGGUGUUGAGGAAGGGCCAGGUCCUGCUGUUACUGAAGCCAAGGAUGCAAGAGGGAGCCCUCAAGCAGGCCAAUGAGCACACAAUGCAGAAAGCUUCCAUCACUUAGCAAGCGCAGUCAAGAGAAAAACGAUAAAGGGGCGCGAGUGGCUUCUGUUCUGAUUCUCAGACACAUUUGGCUGCUUCUCCCCUUUAUGAAAGUCCCUGUUUUAAAGGGGAGCAAAGCCUUCACCCCAAAAACAGUGUUUCUCCUACACAUGCUUAGACCUUGCUGCUGAGCCGUUGCUUGGUGUUAUGGGCACAGAUCUAUCUCUGCUGCAAAGCACAUUUCGCUCUCUGUAGCUGACUUUGCUUUCCUCCUUUUAGUAUCAUGCUGGUUUCCAAGCCAAUACCUCAGGGGUUUUUGUUCAUGUGUGUGUUGUGUGCAAUUUUAGACCCCCACCCCCCAACCAGCUCUUUGGUUUUUUUUCACCUUCCCUUCUUUUUCUUUUGUGCUUGUGUUUAUUUUCAAAUCAAACUACACAAGACAAAAAUAAUGAUCUCAGGUUUAAAACUUAACCACAGACCGAAGCCGUGAGGAGCUGCAAUAAUAAUUCUAAUGUUCUGGUGGCAUCGGAUUGUCACUUUCCUUCUGACCAUUGUCUGUCUCUGCUGAUGUGCACGUGUCCUAGGCGGACGGGGGAGGGGAAUCUCCAAGGAGGCUUAUAACUGGCAUUAAGCUUCUUGAUUUUUUUUUUUAAGGGGUUAAGUGAGAAGCAUGGAAACCUCAAAUAAUCCCUUCUGGUACCCCAAAAUGUUCUGGAGUUGGUAGUGGGGCAGGGGAAAGUUGGGUGAUUAAAUGCAUUUGAUUUUCCAUGUUGAAGUACUAAUAAAAUACAAGUUUUGAUGGUUGGAUCCCUCUGCUUACCCCAUUCCUCUUUUUCCUACAGCUGUUUUGAAAGGGGGGUAGAUGCUCAUUUCAAUUCUCUCUCUUAAAAAAACACAGCAUCCAUAUUUCCAGUGAGCACCUCAAAUCAGCAUCAGUGUUGCCGACCAUUAUGUUUUAGGAGGUAGGAGGAACCCUUCCCCUUUCUUUCUUGCAUCCCCAUCCAGUGUAGAGAUAUGGUGAGUGGAGACCAUGGGGAGGUGGCGAUUCUAAGGGAAUUAAGGGUAUUACGUAGCAUCCCAGCUAGAUCGGGAGAUUUACAACAAAGAAAAGCUUCCAAGCUGCUUCUUGAGCUUUUCCCACUCAGCUUUUAACCAUUGGGACCCCCAAUAACCAUUGGCUGCAAUAUGACCUGUCUCGUGUUUUAACCCUUUUUUUGGUCUGCCUCUCUCUCUCUCUCUCUGUGCUGCAUUUUCAGUGAAAUUGGAAAAAUUCCAACCAGCCCUAGAGCUGGUCACAAAAAAGAGAACAAAUGUUUGUCUACAUUUUUUUUCCCCUUUUUAAAUUUCAACAGAUAAAUUCAGAGAUUCUCAGCCAAGCCAGGUCAAUUGGCUGAUCAGCCCCAGACAGCAAGUGGUUACACUGUGAAAUAUGCCAGCAGGACAGUGUUUCCAUGUUCACAUCUUACCUAUGUUCCAUGAGCCUAGUACAGGAUCAUGCACCACAAAUGGAGAAUCCCCAUGUGUAUCCUUGUUGCCAUCAACCUGACCUGAAAGCAGGGCUGUCAUGUACCAAAGUGUCUCCAUUGAGAAACACAGCUUCUUAGACGAUUUCAACAGUAUCGAUCAGCAUUCCUAAAGGAUACUUGCCUUAUGAUGGGGGAAGAGCCAUCCAGCUGCUUAGCGGCAGUAAAUGAUUCACUCUUGUUCCGCAAGUCACACAGGCAUCUGUUUAUGUAGGGUCUGCCCUUGAUCUUCCCAGGGUUGCUGCACCAGAACUGGAGUUAGUACAGAGACCUCUUCAGCUGUGAAGUUCAUGAUAGCUUCUCCUCCAUGACAUGUGACCCAGCUGUACUGCAGUGCAAAGGGAGGCGCUAACAAGGGUGCCUCCAGGCAGCCCCUCACUCCUAUUCACAUAUUAUUGGUUGAAGCUUGGGAGAAGUAUGAGCUGCAGCAGUUGCAACAGCACCCCAAAGACACAAUACAGAGGCUAGCAGAGAUCCAGGGAGGGGACCAUAAGGAGUAUUUCCCUUCCACCACAACUGGCCCUUCAUAGCUGUCAGCACCAGCUCAGCCUAGAAUUGCUAUCUCCCCUCUUUUAACCCUACAGCGUUAGAGAGAAUUAAGAGUUCCCUUUGCCUGUUGCAGUGGGUCUUACCACCACUGCUAGCAUUGGUCCAACCCGUCCCAUGAUAGCUAUAGUAGAGUUGUAAAGUAGACAAGGCACUGGCAUUUUUACCACUAUGACCUCAAGACUUGGGUGGACUUGGAUGACACAGUGGUACACAGGAUUAUGAGCUCCACAUUAUUACCCCCCUCCCAGCACUAAUACCACUGGUAGAGCUGCAAUGGUGGGAAAUUUGGGGGUUAAAAAUCUAGUGUAGACAUAUCCUAAUGACAGACAUGAUAUGAGAUAUGAUGGAGCUCAACCCCUUAGUCCUGCAUGAAGUCACUGCAGAGUGUGCUCUAGGACACAUCCAGGCCAUCCUCAGCCUGACCCUGCAAUCUCAACCUUUAUAACUACGAACAACAAGCAGACAGGGUCAGUGAAGAAGAACGACAUGAGUAGCUGCCUGCUCAGAAAUAGCAGCAGGGCUCUGAACAGCUGCCAUUUUGUGGUGUUUUAGAGAAAUGGCUGUUGUGGUGCAUGCAAAAAUGGAGGUCUCUUGUUUUUUUGUCUAAUCUCCCCCAAAGAACCCUAGACUGUCAGCAAUGUCUUUCAGCAGUGCUGUGUCUGCACACACUGCAGUGACACCUACUCUGCUGUCCAUUCUGCAUGUAAGCCAAAAGUUUUAAGAGCCAUGGAGCGUUUAUAACCCAUCUUAUCAGUGUUGUGAAUACGCUUGCAUUUGCCCUGCCCUUUCUGAUGGUCCUUGUGAGAGAGGUUGGCAGCCCCCUCACUUGGAUCAUUUUAAAGCUAAAACACAAAAAAAAUUUCCUCUAAGGGAAGAUUCCUCCUCUAGCCUCGAGCGGUAGGACUGAUCCAAAGCCAUUGGACUCAAUAAGAGUCUUCCUAUUGUCUUCAUUGGGCUUUGGAUGAAGCUCUACAUGGCUUAAUAGAUCUUUUCUGUCUCUUGUAUCAAGGAACAGGUUAGUUACCUUGGAGGAUUUUAUCUGUUGCCUAAUUGGUCCCCGUUCCUUACUGCAUUUGUUUCUGUGAGCCAGAACCUCUGGUCCACAGAGUCGUUGGCCUGAUUUUGAUCUCACUUGGGCCUGGUUCACAGUGAUGUAUCACCCUUGCCUUUAGUGGAGUUACUUCUGAUUUACAGCAGUGUAAGUGAGAUCAGACUCUGUCCCACUGAUUUAAGUUGAAGCAGAAUUGGUCCUAAGGAGAGUAAAUGAGUCCCCUCAUUGGACAAUUGAAUGAAUUUAUAAAGCAUCUGAUUGGUGCCCUGCUGCUUAGAACAUCCAAUCAUUUUCUGCAUUAGCUGCAUUGCUUGGAGUGCAGGUGCAAAUCGAUAGAUUUUCAGCCUUCUUAAGGGCAGAUUGUAAAGCUACCCAGAUGACCCUCCUCCAGAGUGCCCCUUAUCUCCCAGCUUCUAAAGGAGUGCAAGGCUGAGCCACAUUCAGUCAGGCAUAACUGGCCAACUCCUUGACCGCCUGCAGCAUCCCCAUGUCUUUUGUAGCUUUAUGGAACUGGCAAAGGAGGGAGCUUGGGAGGAAAGGAGUCGGCAACACUGAAGCCCAAAGGUAUUUUCCUAGCUUGUGCUGUGAUCCCAACCUCUUGUCUCUCUGUGUUUGUUUCUUUUUCUGGCCAUGCAUCCCUAUCAUGUCUCUGUUUUAGGAAGCCUACCCCAAAAGAAACCCCUUUUUCCUUCUCUCUUAAACUACCAAUAAUAAACUAUCAGUGUUGUAAUUGCAAUCUAUGAAUUAUAGAUUUAAGUAUUUAUUAAUUAU